AAAAAAAAAAAAAAGGGCUCGUAUUGACGCUAGGGCGGAUUGAAAAGUACCGUCUCGAAUAAAGCAAAUCCCAUCGCAUUCAUUCAUCAGCAUCCUCCAGUGGCGCCCGAGUCGGAGGGGUGUUUUAUGCGGCUGUGCCUGCAUGCGAGAAACCCGCUAGUUGAUGGAAGAUAUCGGCUGCUCAGUGCGAAUACGUGUAGCUAGCAAGAGCGCACUGCCCAAUGUCCCCACAAGCGCCACCACUAGCCCAGUCAUUCCCAGACAGCUCCCACUGUGCUCCUGAUGGCCGCUGUCUCAGAUGCAACCACGCCAACGACGCCACAGCCCGGCCGAUAGAGAGGUACUUAUGCAUAAGUGUUGACCAGCAGGGACCGGCCUGUACCGGCCUAUCUGGCCAGCAUGGCAAACCAUGUGGCGAUCUUCCCCACGGACUUAUGCGGGCGGAUAGGGGAUGCCAAAAAAAGAAAAACCCCAGCCCUCUCGGUCGGGCAUUCGGGCAGUGUGGGAAAGGGUGGGUUCACAAUCUUGUGCACAAUUUUAGCUGGAGCCCCGCCCCGGUGCUUUGCAUCUGCAAGCAGCAGGCAAUUGAGGAGCUAAUGUCGACCAGGGCCCUGCGCGAGACCAACCAAGUCCUCUGUUUAUUUUUUUUUCUCUCCUCUCCUCUGCUCCUCCUUUCGUCUUUGUCUCCCUCCCCAUCGGCUCGUUGCCCGGGGCCUUAUCUCGUUGUAUCCACAGCCCUGUCGGCGCGCAUCUGCUUCUGAUUCUGCUUCUCCUUCUCGGGGCUUCCCCUUCUCACUCUCGCUCGACGCCCGUUGUCUCUGUUCUGUACUUUCACAGCCUCCCGCUCGCUCGUAAUCAACCUGCGUCCAUCUUCUGCCCUUUUCUCGUAUUGCCGUCGACCCCUCUUUUUUAUCUGGCUUAUGCUUUGUGGCUCCAUGCAAGCUUGACCAAGCCCGACAACACGGGCCCACAUUCAUCCCAUUUCCCGCCAGGCAGGGAGCUCUGUGACGUCCAUCCCUUAUCUCGCACGACUGCGCCUGCUUGCCCGGGAAGGCUGCAUCGCGCCAUCGCACCGCAGCUGUGAGCAAGCAAUUCUUGGCUGCUCCUCGUCUCCUCCUUCUCCUACGAAUCUUCCAUGUCGAUCCCUACCAGUCAACCAACCGACUCCAACACCCCCUAAUUAUUCUUUGUCUCUGUUACUCGGGCCUCCUUAUUGGCAAAUUGUCUCGUCAAUUAAUCGAGUCCCUCGAGGACCCCAACCGUCCCCAUGGGCAAAAAAUGGCGAUACGGAGUCAUUCUUGACGCGGGUUCCUCCGGCACGCGGUUACACAUCUACAGGUGGAAGGAUCCAGCAAAGGCGCGGAAACAUGCCUCGCCGGAGGAGCUACAGCGGCUACCGCAGCUCGAGACCAAGGACAAAUGGACCAAGAAGACGCGCCCUGGCGUGUCGACCUUUGGCAGCAACCCAUCCGACGUCGGCCCCGAGCACCUCGAGGACCUCGUCGCCCAUGCCGUCAAGUACGUUCCCGAACACAAGCAGGCCGACACCCCAAUCUUCCUGAUGGCUACCGCCGGCAUGCGACUCCUGCCCCAGAUGCAGCAGAAGGCUCUGCUCGGCGAGAUCUGCUCGUACCUCCAAACCCACACCAUGUUUUCCCUCCCCGACUGCGACCUCCACAUCCAGGUCAUCAAGGGCGAGACCGAAGGACUGUAUGGCUGGGUCGCCUCAAAUUACCUCCUGGGUGGCUUCGACCGGCCCGACAACCACCAGCACGGAAAGGGCCACCAUACGUACGGGUUCCUCGACAUGGGCGGCGCCUCGGCCCAGAUCGCCUUCGCGCCCAACUCCACCGAAGCCCAGAAGCACGCCGACGACCUGAAGCUGCUUCGGCUGCGCACUUUGGACGGCCAGCCGGCCGAGCACAAGGUUUUUACCACGACAUGGCUCGGCUUCGGCGUGAACCAGGCCAGGGAGCGAUACGUGAAGAGCCUAGUUGAGGGCACAAGUGCGGGAAGCUCCGAGAUCCCGGACCCGUGCAUGCCCAAGGGGCUGAGGACAACGAUGCAUGGCGAGGUCGUCCAAGGCUCAGCCAGCCGCAACCGCACCCUGAUCGGCACCGGCCUGUUCAACGAAUGCGAGGUUAAGACGAGGCCGCUUCUGAACAAGGACGCCCCCUGUGUCGACCACCCGUGCCUGCUCAACGGCCAACACGUACCCGCCAUCGACUUUGACGUGAACCACUUUGUUGGCGUUUCCGAGUACUGGCACACGACCCACGGCGUUUUUGGCAAGGGCGAUACGGCCUACGACUUCACGACAUAUCAGCAGAGGGUUCGCGACUUUUGCAACCAGGACUGGGACGACAUCGAGGCGAAGCUGGACACUCGCGGGAAGCACAAGGCGAGAAACGCCCAGGAGGCAUGCUUCAAGGCCUCUUGGCUGCUCAACGUGCUGCACGAAGGUAUCGGCAUCCCGCGCCUCGGUCUGGACAAAACCCCCCACGCGCACAACGUAUCCAAGGGCGCACUGGAGACUGCCAAGGACAAGGGCUUUUUGGAUCCAUUCAAGGCGGUCGACACGAUCGAUGGCGUCGAGGUCAGCUGGACCCUGGGGAAGAUGGUGCUCUAUGCCGCCGGCCAGGUCCCGCCUGCCGAGACCUCCGCCAAGGCCCUGCCCGUAGGCUUCGGCAGCAACGCGAAGGGUGUCCCCGACGACUUCAACCAUGCCGGUUCCACCUGGAACCCCAUCUCGCAACAGGAAGGCGACGGCGACGACUGGGGUGACGCUGCCGAUGACAUUCUCGAAAAGGCUCGAUCCAAGUCGACUUCGGGCUUCCUCCUCUUCAUCUUGAUCCUCGUGGUGCUUGCCUACAUCUUUAGGAAGAAGGACCGGAGGUUACGGCUCUUCUCCAAGAUCAACGGUUUCACUCGGCGUUCGCGCAGGGCAGGCAGCCCUCGCAAAAGCGGCCGCGGGCUGACGGGCCUUCGCAACAAGCUCUUCGGGCGGGCGGGCACCACCAACUACGAACGCCUACUAGAGGACGGCGAGGCAGAGCAGUUCGCGCUCGGCGACAUUGACUCGGACGGAAGCGAGGGGUCAGACAGCAGCAGCAGCGAGGGAUCUGCUUCGUCUGGCAUCCGGCGCCAGGUCGUGUCAAUCUCGGGCAACGGCCGCUCGUCCGGGCUCGCGACGCCCAAACUCAACAUGGACGUGUACGACGAAUUCAGGGCCGGGUCGGCUAUCGACCGUAGCGGCCUUGUGGUUAGGACCGAGAGCCGCGAACGGCUGGUUCCCACGCUCCAGAUGUCCAACGCCGGCCGCCGGAGUCGUGCCAGCAGCCCCACGAGGCUGAAAAGCCCCAUGAAGUCGCCACUCCAGGAGACAUGACACGCGAUUUGAUCUCGUCGUUUUUGUCCGGUGUUUGGUGUUCAUAUUACGCUCUUCAAUUAUUUUUGGAUUCACUUUCUUAUCCCCUCCCCAUCAAGCUGGGAAGCCUGCCGCCAGGCUCGGUUUCUUUUUCUAUUCGCUUCUUUAUGGCGGGCCUCGCACAAAACAAGACAGCAUGAUCUAGAACAUGCAGACUCUUUGGUCUUCGGUCCUGUCGGUAUCGAUUACUGCUGUUUCUACUACGACUCUUUAUUUUAUACGGUUCUUACCCUUUAUCGUCUUUAUUUGUACAUUUCUGCUUGGUUGGGAUGGGGGAUCUUGUUAUUUUCUUUCAGACUUGGGCCCACGGAGAAAAAAGGCGUCAACUGGAUGGCAGCGAUUACACUUCCGCACGAGCAAUGUUCCAGAUGGCUUGUUGAGUUUGUUGUAUACGUGUUGCUUUCUUCUGUACGAGCUUAUUGAUGCCGCCUCGGGAGUUACAAAAACAGGACCGCUCAGGGUUGAACGUGGACUGCUCCGAGCUGGCAAACUGAGAAUUAUGCCAAAGGAUGCCCUUUACGGCAAUGACGCCUCCUGAUAGUUGUUUGUCUUGAUGAUAGAAUUUACGUUGUGAUAUACUUGUACUGUUCCCGAGCCAUUGAAAACAUGCAACCGUGAGAACUCCUACCCGAUACGCCAAACAGACCAAAUGUUGAAAAGUGACACCCC